CCUACCAGGACACGAGCAUGGCGGCACGAUUGAUAAGCGAUCUUCAGAACCCGUCCUUGUGCGCACAGCUGGACAUCACCAUCCCUGGGCAAGAGAUGGCCACCAUGACGGUGGGAGGCAGCAGAAGCGAGACGAACGGAUGCGAUGGCGGCUGCGUCAUUACUGCAUCGAGAAGACGUCACCCAGCUUUGUGCUGCCACACCGUGAGGAGAAGGUGGAGGUGGAGAGUGACCUUCAGGUCAUGCAGAACCACUACUACAGCAACGGGGGCCGCCAAGGUCAGGACGAUGUUUCAAUCUCGGGAUGCUGCCAGGACUCCCACACAUCCGCCCGACCCCCGCCUGCCAUUCGCCUCCACCAGGUUAUCCAAGAGUGGCCCGACGACAGGGCGGCCAUUCAGCACAGCUACCCCAGGCCAAGCGAUUCGUUGUCGCACCAGAGUCACCUGCCCGUCGCUGGCAUUAUUUUCGUCAGCCCUGUUACCACGCAACGGCAAACGGUGGUCCCCAAGCCACCGCCCUCACGGCGCCAUGGCUACUUCCGAAGCGUGUCGGACGGCAGCGAGAACGACUUCCGGCAUGCCGAGUUUAAGGAUAUCGACCUGGAGUCCAUUGAUCUGUUCGAGAACGGCAUCCCGUCAAUCCGCUAUGAGCCGGAUCUCGACGAUGCUGCCACUGGCGAGGAAACCGCCCACGACACCGAUGAGAUCUUCGAGGUGGCUGCCGAGCCGGACUGUCCCAUCAUGCCUGCGGAAACGGUCAUCGAUUGUGAGGACCCUUCGGACGAAGGCAAGAUUGGGGAGGACCUUGUUCUGAUAGCGCAGCCCCUGGGAGAACAUGUAGUUUCCGAAGUGGGCAAUGAUACAGACGUCGUCUUAGAAUCCGUCCUUCAAGAGGAUUCACAGGAGCUCGGCGAAGCCGGUGGAGUAGUGCAGGUUGUGGAAUGCGAAGUUCUGGUAGACCAGACGGAAGACCUGUCUGGGCCUGAAGAUACCAACGAAUCUGAAGGCUACGACAGCGACGCUACUCUUCCGUACCCUCGCAACGAAGACAGAGUUCGAGAUGUCGUUGACGACGGUCGGAGAAUGAAGCAGAAAGAGGUGCCUGCAAAAACUGAAACCCCAACUCGAUUGGCAGGUAGAGGAUCGGCGGGUAGAGGGGUGGGUAGAGGGGCUGGUAGAGGGGCGGGUAGAGGGGCAGGUAGAGGGGCAGGUAGAGGGGCGGGUAGAGGCUUGUUGCACGAGCGGGCGCCGCCGUCGUCUCGUGAUCGCAAAAACUAUCCGAAGAGGUCGCGACAGACUUUACCUAUCUCCUUCGCAGACCUGCCUACGGUAGACAGACGCCACAAGAACGAGGAGAAGAUUAAGAAGUCUCGAAGGGGCGGGACCAACAGACACCCGCUUUUCAAAAAGCGAAGUAAAGAGGUAGUGGAGCGCAAGAGGAGAAAGCAUGAAGAAGUCGCGACCGGCGGCACUAUGAAACCUCCACCAUCCCAUCCCCGCGCCAAACACAGGCCGGAGGAAACAGAUGCAACCACAAUCAGCGCCGUGGAACACGAUAGAAAGAUGCACAUCGAAAAAAACGCCACGACCAUGAUGACGAAGUCGUCCAGGGCGCCGAAACCCUAUAAAGAACGCAAGACCUCGAAAAAAGACAGCUCCACCCAACAUCGCAGGUCCCUGGCAGUCGAGGAGAAUGUGAAGCUGCCGAUGGAGGUGGGCAGCGAGCAGUUCUACCUAGGAAGCGAAGUGCACCAGCCGUUGAGGGAUCAAGUCUGGCGAGCCCCAAAGGAACGGCGAAGAGGUGGGAGGGGUCGGGGGUCACGCGGCAGACGGCAUCAUCGGGGCAGAGGAAGAGGAUCUGUUGGUGUCAUCGUCCACUCUGCGCCAGUGGUUACAGCCGAAGCGAGCAGCAUACCGUCGGAAGAUUCAGAGUCUGAUGAGCUCCCAACGAUUCUGCCACCAAAGCGGCGCCGUAACCAAGGCAACAAGACCACGAGCUCGCCGUCCGCGGCGACGUCAGCGUCGAAAUCCGGCAAAGCGCGAGCUGUCAUGCAGGACCCUGUCCUUGAUCCACACGGCUCCAGUGCCGAGCGCAUCAUGCGGGAGUUCCCGCGCCACAACUGGCUAGAGCACAAGAUCCUCCACCGCACCACCACCACCUACACCCUUCCCAGCAGCGGAAACGGUAGCAGCUGCAGCUCUGGCAGGUCCAGUCCAGGCCGAGUCAGCGUGACCGGGUCACGCCACAAGACCAGUCACGUCGGCGGACGCGGCGUGGGAGAUGCCUCAGCGGAGUAUGAUGAGGUAAACGCGCACGAGCUCGGCACGCGCCUGUCGUCUGCUGACGAUCAUCUCUUGCAGCAGGAAUCUCGCCUGAAUCUUGCGCUCAAGUUCAGUCCUGAUCUGACUCCGUUCACCACCUCACCAAGCCCGGCACAGAAAACCUUGGACUUGCCAGAAGGCUUCAUCGUGCACAUUGCGGACAAGAUCAACAGCGAGCAGGGGCCGAGCCGCCAUUCCAGUACCCCGCACCCCGACGCGCAGGAAACCGCCGGACACAACCUCCAGCAGCGCCAGCCCAGCGUCGUGUCAGAGGAAAGCGCCUGCAGCGUGGCUCGGCGGCCAGAACUCCUCUUGCAGCAGACUAGGCAGGAUGUCAUGCCGUGCGCCAUGAUGGCACGUUCCAAGAGCAGCGACGCCUUGCUGCGCAGCGCAGGAGACAGCAGCUCGGCCCUCAGACAGGCUGUCAAGCGGCGACGCUGCUCUGCUGCUGACGUGGGCAGCGCUGAGGCCACAGACAGGAAUGAGCUGUCGCGAGGCUGGAAGGAAAUGAGGACAUCGCCCGGUGAAGCGGCGAGCAUGGCACCACACCUGGUGGACAGCAGCGGAGGAGACAUGGCUCGUCGCCGGGACAACAAAGACCACAUUGCUCACUCAGUCAAGGCACUAGCGGCCAGUGAGAAACCAGAUCCAGCAGGUCUGGCUGACACACUACAAAGGCCGAAGGAUGUAGAAAGGGCUUCUUUGACUUCACCCGCGGAGUUGGAAAGGGAGCGUUUGCCGCACGACAAGCAGGCUCCACCUAGCGGCUGUGCUGAGGACCCUGGCUGUACAAAGGACGUGGAAGACUCAAGCUUGCCCAAAGCCGAGUACUCCAGGGUGCAGCCUCCCUCUGGUGACAACGCUUUGCCCCUAGACUUGUGUGUUAAGAAAUCAGAAAUGCUUGGGUCCAACAUCAGGCCCAAAGGGAACCUGCCGGUGCAGCUGGUCCUGCCUCAAGUGCAACCCAAAUCUACGGCACUUUCCGGGAACAUGACUACUGUCUACGAAUCUGAAACACAAGGGGACAUCAUCGUCAGCACCAAGCAGGCCCUCAAGGUCCUCUCGGACUCUAUCGCUGACGCCAGCGCGGGGGUUACCAUGACUGGGGGUGAGGUCACAUCAGUCUUGUCGUUCAGCAGUUCCCGGCAGGCGACAGCUAGCACCCCGACCCCGGCCUACACUUCCACGAGAGCUAUGCCCUUCUCCUCGGACCUGGGCAGCUUGGGACGGCCGGGCGCGGAGUGUCCUCCACAGGGGGAGCCACCACCGGAGGCGGUGCCAGGGAUGAUGCCUGCUGGGGUCGAUGAGGCGGGUAUGGAACCCUGGCGCUUGUCGGAAGACAGGGGGAGCUUCGCUGGGGCAAGAGGUGGAGGAACAAUUAGCAGAGACUACAUGCGCCAGUCACUCACCAUGGCCACGCCCAUGAACAGGCACAACGCCGAGCCUCUUGCGCUGAGCGUGGACCGACCAGAUGUGGAACCAUUCUCAUCAAAAGUGGAGCUAGCAUACCCUGUGAACCUGACUUCAGUGAGUAGGGUAUCCAUGGAGAACGGCGCGGGCAUGCAGGGCGACUCUGGUGCUGUGUGUGCGUCAGAGAGAGACCUUGACCGCGAAUUCGAGAAGACUCUGCACGAGUUUAGAGAGCUGGAGAUGCUGGCUGCCCGUAAAGAACAGGAAAGAGAGCAGGUUCUAGCGAUGCGUAAGCGCAAGGCGGAGAUGCUGGUACUGAUGGAGAUGAAGCGGAGGCGUUCGCUAGGGAAUGUGGCCGGCUUUCCUGUAUCUUCCACUAGCCCCAUCUCUGUGACCGACCUCCCUCACGACUCCAGCCUCCUUCUGGACACCACUCCAGUUUCCGAGGACGCAGUAGGAGUUGACGAUCGGAAGUUGUACACCGACCUUGGAUCGCUGGGCAGGGACAAGGCUGGACUGGAGCCCUUCCCACAUGUAGGAGUGGCCCUGGGUCUCAGUAGACUUGGCCACGAAAACCCGGAGUCGGGAGGUGCCGCGCCACUUGACAGGCAAGGCGAGUACAAGGUGGAGGGUUUUCACAGGGUGUUGGCAGACUCUUCUUUGACCCCAGCGGGCCCUUCUGCGGCGGGUAAAGACCGCGAGCCCAGCAUGACGGACCAGGAGAAACGUUCGGUGGUGCAGAUGAUCAACCAGGCGGUGGCUUCCCGCAAACUGCGUGCACACGACCCCAACAACCAUCUCGCCCCUGGUUCACUGUCGGCGGCGAGGUGAGAUCGGCACACUACUCCUGCAAGUCGUCAAAUCCUUUCAUCAACGUAGACUGCAAGCUAAUCGCCAGCGCCGUGACGUCACCGUACGCCCGGAGGGACACGCCUCUGGAAGAGCCACCCAGUCCGCGGGCCCGCUCGGUGCUGUUAGGCCUUCCCAAAGCAGCUCACAGCCAGCGACCUUUCCAGCCGGCGGGCAGCCUCAUCGUGGUAGCCACGCAACAAAAUGACGGUCCAUCUGAAGCCGAUGGAGGCAAGCCUGUUGCAGCGACCAGGAGCCCCAGUCCAUCCACGGCGCAUGCCCGGGCGUCUUCCAGGUCAGAGUUCCAGCAUCUCCCAGGUCACGACCUAAACAGUCGAACAAAUGCUCCGAACCGCCUGUGACUUACGAGCAGCCUCAGAUUCCUGCCGACAACAGGCCAGUGCAUUUCGCAGCCAAGCCUUCGAGGCCGCACCGACAGCCCGGAGGUGAGUUGUCGUUUGCGGCAGGUGCGGAAACGCUAGUCAUUGACUUAACCAAAGAGCCGUCCACUCCCAACCCGCUGCCGGGUAGGCCUCCUGAGGUGCCGUGACUGUGGAUCUUGAUGUUGAGAGCGUCAUCCAAAGCGAACUAUCUGCCGCCGUCAUGAAAAAGACCAAUAGCAGUCAGGGAGAUGCUCUGACCGCAGGGGGAUCAGAGAGGGCGCCACAGCUACUUCCCGCGAGACCCAUCCCGAGAGGCAGCCAGCACGUGAUGCAUCUCCCACACGGACCUGACGUUCACGGCAUGGAGGUCGGCGCAGCCAGGUAUCCUACAUCGCUCGUCAUUAGGAGGAAGAGCCUUCGACAUCCUCAGGAAGUGCUGAGCGCCGGUCAGGUUAUGCAUGCCAAACAGACCAGCCUUCUCCAAUGACAGGACGUCAUCAGCAGGAUCAACGACCAGAAGGCGAAAUGAAUGUUCUGGAGCGAAUGCAUCCUUCUUCGGGUGUGCGGCACGCUGUUCACGGCAGCACGUUGGGAUACAUGGAGCCGCCAUCCACAAUGACGAUGUCUCAUGUUCAUUCUGGGGUGAAUCGUUUUCCGCCGCCGGGUGUGCCCAGUAGGAUGUACGGUGCACACGAACAGUUGUCACCCAGAGACGGGGCUCACGCCUUGCAUAGCCAGCAGCUAGUGACAUCUGCCGGCUUGGGGCAUCCAGUCACGACGGGGGUCCAUCAGAUGCCCAUCAACUCUGUAGUACACAGGCUUGAUGUUCCACAGUCCUACCCGCCCAGACCGACCAUGUCUAUUCCGUUCCUGCCGCAGGCCAAAACGGAGGAUGAACAGACAUUGGUGUUGAGGAACCCUAUGGAGGAAACCCCAGUUCCUAGGCAGCCAAGCAGCCUAGCAGUCGCGCAUAAAAGUGAGGUUGGCCCUGGGAUGAUGGUCUUGAUGCCUCACCCGCAGACAUAUCGAGAGAUGAGCAGAACAGAAGUGCCUCAUGGGCAGUUGACCUCCAUGCACCAGCCUUCCAGGCCGGCGCAGCACCAACCCAUCCUGCAGCACUCCCAUAUGCAGCAGCGGACGCCCGAGGUGCCACACCAUCUUGCAGCUCCUCGUCUCCCAGCUGCAACACAGGCUCCGCCCCCAGGGGCAGCAGUCCCCUACUCCAUGCAGCCUUCCUUGAACAACAUUGGUCGCACGACCGUCAGCUCUGCCCUUCACCACGCGCUAUCCCUGCCAACCCCGACCAGACCUCUGGCGCCUGCCGGACCUCCCGUCGUGCCUCUGUACAGACCUCCAACUAGACUGCCUGCGGAAUUUCUUUCUCCCAGACCGGAAGGGCCUGUGCCCCUCUUGCAUGGCUUGGGUCCUGGAGUCUUACGCCCUGUUCAGCCCGCUAACAGGAUGCAGGACUCCGAACACCCGUCACGACAAGCGCAGGUUCAGCCUCCUUCAACUCAAGCGAUGGAUGUCGGCCUGCCAGUCAGCCUGGCGGGCGCUAGAGGACCGUUCCACUCCACCUCCCACCUCUACUCUUUUCCCCAUCAGAUGUCGCCACAGCACAGCCAGCCUGGCCUGCCUUCCCAGCCUCAUCAUCCACAGCACGGGUUUCUCCACCACCACCAUCAUCAUCACCAUCAACAGCAGCACUCACCUGUGCCUCCUGCACGGCUCGGCCCUGGUGAGAAGGUGACUCACGUACAGUCGCGAUCUGCUCAACACCGCAACAGCUACCACAGGCUCCCCAGCAGCCAGCGCAGCAGCAGCAGCAGCAGCAGCAGCAGCAGCAGCAGCAGCAAAAACAUCCGAUGCAGCAGCUACCACCAGCAGCAACAACGACAACAGCCACAGGCGAACAAAGCGGAGGGGACAUGCGGUCUGUGCGGGAAGCCAGCUAUGUACCUGUGCUCCAACUGUCGCCAAGUGUGGUACUGUAGCCAGGAAUGUCAGACAAGUCACUGGGCGACCCACGCUGCGAGGUGUAAACCAAGUGCCUAGCCUCAGCCUUGACCUCGCUGACCUACCUGGUGGCCAAGCAAAACUUAGAUAUUUACCGCGGACACACAAGCUGUGCAGCCAAUGUUUUUCAAGCCAUAUGUGGAAAAUUGUAUGUGUGCGUGUUGCGUAUACGUGUGCGUGCGUGCGGGCGCUCGAACGGAAUCAAAAUCGAGAAAGUGCACGUUUUUUCCCCUUUCUGCAGCUCGAAAUAUUCGUUUUGAAACAUUGGUCAUUAAAGACCUUUAUUAACUGCUGCCUUGUUGAAGGGACGUUAUCAAUGUGUUAACAUUUCUGUGUUUUACUCUGGUGAGUGCGGAGGCUGGCUACAAGUGAGAAAACAUAGGUAUAUUGCCAUCAUUGGAAUAGUUCAUUUAUCUUCUACUCCUCUCAUUCUGUUUUCUCUACCCCAUCCCCUUUUAGUUCUUUUGUUUGAUGAAGAUGCAAGAGACAGAACAUGAGGACAUUGUUAAUCAUCACCGCCCUAAUGUUGCCUAUGUCUGAUGACAUGUUUUAUUAUUUGUUUACAAACUCCAUCGCGUAUUUAUGCCAACUUGACAUAAGCAGUUAAAACAUGUCACAUUCCCUCGACAUUCCAAGUGACUUUUUGGUAUAGAAACCAAAAAAUAUCUACGACCAUUAACCGCUGCCUCAGCAGCAGUCAUUAUCUCACAGUCACGAUCAUUACUUCAUCAAAUAAACAGCCCAUGAAAAACACUUCCUUUGACUCGUUGUAUAAGUAUUAAGUUGUUUAAUUUUAUAUUUAUUAUCAUGCUUGCAUUCCAGAAACUGUUUUUCAUUCAGACAUAAUACGUGCAUGGUUUGCCUGUGCAAAUUCCUUGACUGGAUCAGUAUUGCAUAACAAAAUUAUUUGUUAGAGCGGGGGGUUGAAAAUAUUUAUUUAUUUGCAAUGUUUUGUGUUAAAUAUUUUUUUUUGUUCUUUUAUUUUAUCAGUAGCUCAUUAAUCAUGCUUAUUAAACUCUUGCCUUGCAAUAUCUUUUAUCUGUACAAUUUUAGUUCGACUUUUUACCUUCUUUCAUUUAUUUCUGUGUUCUUAGAUACGAUGCAUACUAACAUCCCUAUAAGACGUUUAAACUCUGUUGUUUACUGGGGAAGAAAAGCAAAUCGAUGUUGUUGCAUCGUAUCCGAUGUCAGAUUAAUACGACUGCAUACAAAAAUGUUCAGUCCUUAAAAAGUAGUUGUCAUUCAAUGCAGGCAGGUGAGAUGACUCACAUCACAGUGCACCUGUCUGGACUAAAAAAAAAAAUGGACACCCGCAGAAAGUGAGAACUCUUAUCUGGAUUCUCGAAAACGAAUCAAAAUUGUCGUCUUUUUUGUCGUCGUCAGGUCACAUCCUGAGACGACCUUUUUUUUGUUCCAACUGAAGGCUUGGAAAUUAGGAUGAAGGAGCGAAAAAAGUAUCAGAGACGGUGAAUGCAGGUGCAAGAGAAGCAGGCUGACAACUAUAAAUCGUUCAUAAACACUCUAUCGUUGGGCCUUCUGAUUUCUCUUUUAAUAUUCGUUCGUUUGUACAAUCAUUUUUCUUUUCCUUCUUCUUUCAUCUUUCUUUCCUUCUUUCUUCGGUGGUCUCUUUGCUGGAACUUUUUUCUUCUAGAUAGCAUACCUGGAUUUCUCAGCCAUGUUACGGUGACGAUGACCUGUACACCGAGGAUAAUUGCAAAGUUGAAUUUCUUACUGAGGAGAGAAUACACUUUAUUUGUCUCUGAAAUGUGACACCUUUAUGUGCUGUGUUCGAUUUUGUUAACGAUCAACUGAUUUCGUGAGUAGAUAGCAUCUUUCUCAGUUCUCAUAUGACUUGUGUUUUUGUUCUGCUCUGUUUGCACGGGACAAUACUGAUCUAUGUAUUACAAAUUAUUUCUCCUACUUUCAUUACAUUUUACAUUCGUGUACAGUAUUAAUUUUGGCAGGGGACAUUUGAAACAAUGCUCGCAGUCUAUCCGCCUUAAAAUCGGAGAGAAGAUCCAGUUUUUAUUUUUAAAUUCCACCACCGAUCUGUCCUUAGUUUUUUGCUCAGCUUUUAUAUUUAUGAAUGUGAUGUGUGCGCGUGUUUUCAAUGAAGAUGUUUGUAGGUGUGAGACGACAGUUCAAUGGACGCCUUGACAUGAAUCACUGUCGGUAUGUUGUAACCAUGCAAAUGUCCUUCAUAGAGACACAAUUUUCUACAUUGAACACGGAAUCUUGUCGGUAUCCAACAUCAACGAAAACUGUGCCCUAAUUUAUCAGAAUGCUGAAUAUCAAGCCUUGUCCAGAAACAUCUUUGUUUUCACGUGUGUUGAUAGCAUUCCUACCGUGCUAACCACUCGGUAUAAUGAACUGUAGCGAAUUUCUCAUGGGUUGAUGUAUAUUAUUUUAUUUUGUGUUCCUAGUUCUUCAACCGUUUGUGUUUAUCAUUAGUCAAUAAGACAAUUUUUUUCUGUCAAUAUUUCACUGACGUCCAUUGUACAUAACAUUGUAACAUUUCUGAGUUGCAUUGUUGCAGUUGUGUUAUUUUUAUAUACUCUCAUCGAGACAAAGCAGCAGUCGAUAUUUUUGUACUGUGCCAUGCGUAGGACAGUUGAAUUUUGUGCUCGUGCGUGUGUGUGUGUGAGUGAGAGAGAGAGAGACAAAUGUACAGUUGAAACAGCUGGCACUUUAAAUGUGCUAUCUGAAAACCAGCAACGAGUCUUCUUGUGAUCUUUGCACUGUGGAUAAACAGACUUUAUUAGUUGAAAGGAAUUCCCGACGACAGAAAACAGAAAAACAAAGAGAUAAGGGAAGGAAGGAGUGAAGGGGAUUAAUGUUUUACACCGAGCCAGCAACUAAGGCUACAUCACGGCAAGGCAGCAGCCUUGUAAACAAAUGCUACAUGCAGAGAAAGAAGAGUGUGCCCAAGACGAGAGCUGAACCCAGGACAGCCAGCCCCAAGAUGACUGGUAUGGCGCAUCCCCCCUCGUCAAAACGAGCUCAAAAACUUUUUACAAAAUAAAAAAUACAACUUCCAAUAACUGAUAACGGGACACAAGGUUGUCAGUUCUGGAAAUGAGGAUUACGAAUUAUGAAUGAGAGAAAAUAUCUGUGAACUUGUGCCAACUGUUGGGAGUUGCUAACCUGGAGGUGCGGGGUGUGCACGUGUCUACACACGGAUAGCUGCAUUCUGUUCUGUAAGACUACUCGUCUGUCAAGCAUUUGCACAACUGCGACUCGCUGCACGAGAUGUAAAAAAAUGUAAAGAUUUUUAUUACACAUAGUCGGCAGGACUUUCAACCCUCGCUUGUUUGUACAGACAUUUUUUUUCAACCUACUCCGGCCCCUUCUCUGGUAAAUGCAAAUUACAGUUCCAGGAACAUAGGACUUAUUCCAAAUUUUUUGUUUGUGGGUUCGUAACUGAAGAGUUCAUUUGCUUUUUUUUUAAAAAAAAAAACAAUACAAUAGAAGAUAUUAUUUUUUAUUUAUUUCUGAUUUUGAACUUAAGUAAUAAGCCUUCCUGCACUAUACUUGUUUGUAAUAGGAAGAGGCUUUUUUUUUUUUUAUCUCGGUAUUAGAUUAUGAAGAGCAUAGACUGCCAUGUAGUGUCACCCUAAUUAUGAGUGCUGGGUGUCAACCUGUGUUGAUAUUUAUCAUCUGGGCAUCACUCGAUGUCUGCUGUUUGGUCCUACCCGAUCAUCAUAGUCGCAGAAUUUAUAAUUAAUCUCUUUCAGCUUUAAUCAACAUUUGUUUCUGUUUUCAAUCCAUUCAUUUCUGCACUAGACAGACAUUUUGUGGUAGUAUACAAGCUUUUAAAAAUCGUCCUUUCUCAUCUUUCUGCAGUUUGUCCUUUUCUUAUACUCGUUGUGCAUCUCCUUCAUCACACCGAUGUCGGUGGCGACAAAUGAAGUCCGAAAUCUGAGAAAACAGAAAAACUAGAGACAGCUUAGAUGGAUAAAGUGGUUUCUCAUGACUGCCACACCUUUAUUCUGUUUUUCUGUUUAUGGAUCGCUCCACAGUUGAUCUGCAGGUGCGAUACAGCAAGCCUUUCCUAAUACCAGUCUCAUGUUUAAUUACUUAUUACUCAUUACCAGAUUCGAUCCGACAGGCUUGCACACAUCAGGUAGAUCUUGUGCAUUUGUUACUGUCUUGCAUAAUCGGCUAGGCGGUUGUUAUUAUGUUUAUGUUUCGUCUCCAGGUGUGUGUGAGAGUUUGUGUGUCGAGGUCUCACGAGUAAUCCUACCGCAUCAUAUCAGGGUGCUAUGCUUCGUCGGUCUUGACCAUACAGAGGAGAGGACUUUCAGCUCACUGCUACAGAGCUCUGGCUCACCUUGCCUUCAAUUUUUCUAUAAACCAUUGUUUUGGGUGUUUUUAUCUAUAAAUAUUUAGUGGGUCUAUCUGCAGGUUUGACUGGUGUGGGGCUCGAGAGUGCGACGAGCCUCAGUUUGUGGAUGCGAACGACUGAGUGAGAGACUGAAACACGUAGCAUUAAUCAUCUUGGAAAAACUGUAAUUUUGUGAGUGCUUUUAUAGAAAUAAAAGUAUUAAUUACUCUU